AUGAACAUCUUUUUCAUCAACAACACAUGGCACGAAGCUGCCGCUAACCUCGGAGCCAAUCCCAUUUUCUUUGGGUCUGGCCUCAAGCAGCUUGCCCUUGGUGACGACUGCCACGAGCUUCAUCUUGCAGCUACAUCUAUGGACUGGACCGGAGAUAUCCAACACAAAGUCAAGCUGGCCGAAUCAUUAAGACAUUCUCAAUUCAACAGCUCUGGGGGCCUUUUGCGCCAUCAGGGCCCGGGCCCGCGGUUCACGUUGAACAUUCAAGAGGAUAGCUAUGAAAUGGACGACCAUACCAGAGUUCGAGCUUAUGAUAGCCUGUUCUGCCAGAAGAGUGAUGAAUUGACAACUUGCGUGCUGUACUACAACGAGGGCCAGGGGCUUCUGGAGCAUUUCUACAUUCCGUACCACCAGCUGCCUUGGAAGAGACGAUACACAAUACCUUUACAGUACUCGUUGUCAGCUUAUGACUCGAGGCCGCUCGAUUGGGUUGUGGUUGAAGAUGCGAACAUAACUUAG